UAUGCAUAGUGGAAAAUGGAACCCUAUUCCCCAAAAUCAGAAAAAACGAAAAGCCAUGGAUGGGUAGAGAGAGAGAGAGAGGGGCCACGUGAACGCGGGCGGGGGACGAGCUAAUUUCCAUGGUGGCCUGGCCUGGCGAACCAACGGAUGCCCCACCGCCGCUGCAAAAGGGACACAAAGCCACGCCGCAUCAUCACCGCAUCGAAAUCUGCAACCGCAAUUGGACUGACCUGGACUGGAUUGGAUUGGAUUGGAGGUUUGCUUUUCUGAAUAAAUUAAUGGUUUCUGCUCGUUUAUGGCUUCCCUUCUAUCCACGAUUGUCCCUACGUGCCUGAAUUGAUCAAUUGAAUCGAAGGAUUUCUUCUAGCGUACGUUAGUUCGUUCGAAUUCCCGCGCCGCAUGCGCAUUGAGGUCGGUGGUUUGGGUUUAUCGUCUACCUUGAGCUCUGCUCGUGCGAGCGAGCGAGUUCGCACGAGCAGGAGCGGACUAGCUGACAUGGCCUGCUACUGACGAGAGAGCGAGAGAGAGAGAGAGAGAGAGAGAGAGAGAGAUUGCGAGUUCCGACGUCUGUCUCACUGUCUGCCUGUCUAUGAAACAGAUAGCCCGCCGAUAAUGGAAUGCCGUGAAAUUGACUUGGAGGCGAUUCCGUCGCCGGAGGAAGACGAACUUGAUCCGAUCGCGGUUUUUGAAUUCGAGGCGGCGGAAGCUCUCGCUGGUUUGGCUCGGGGCUGCUCCGCCGUGUCCGGACGGCUGCCGGUUGCGGAAUCGGAUCAGCCGAAAGCUACCGAAUUAUACUAUGAUUAUGCGACUACUUCAACUAGAACUCUUGAGAAGAUAGAUAAAAUUGUUGAAAAGACUCCGAGCCAGUUUUGCAAUACAAGUUUUCAGCCAAAUUUUAUCAGCAAGUCAAGGCCGAAGUUGUCUGAGGUUGAGAAGGAAGAACGAAAACUUCGCCGGAUCUUAGCAAAUAGGGAGUCUGCUAGGCAGACGAUUCGUCGCAGAAAGGCUAUGCAUCUUGAGUUGACUAGAAAAGCUGCCGAUGUAUUGGAAGAGAACAAAAUUUUGAAGAGGAAAAAGGAGGCUGCAGAGGGCGAAUACAAUUCCUUGAAGGAUAAAAAUGAGUUUCUCAAAGCAGAGUUGGCUAAAAUAAAGACGAGCAAACAGGGAGAAUUCCGGGAAGAACAAACUGCAGCCUCAUCUGAGAAUCCUUGUCCAGCUAGUACAAGCACACAGACAUUUUUGUGCAAUCAGCAGCCGGUGGUUCCUUGCUUUUGGCCCCCUGUUCUCCCGUCUUCAGAAAGUGUCCGAUUCCAAUGUGCUCCGGUAUCCAAUGCUAUGAAUCCGUCGCAUUUUCCAGUACCGUGUACGCAUCAAGGACAAGGGAACUCAUUGGAGACUGGCAGGCAGGGAACCCCGUUUUUUGUAGUUGCCGUGCCGUGGUUGCUUCCUUUUCUCACUCACGGAGGUACGGCUGACUUCCAAUCCUGCUCUAACGACGUCCCACAAAAUGAAAGCAAUCAGUUGUCAUCAAGCCUAGACAUGAACUUGAACAUGGAGGUUUUGAAUUCUGCAGUACCUACUGCAUGUAACGGCUGUCAGCGCUUGGAAAAUCGUCGGGUAGAUGAUUCUUGCGGAGGUUGUGUUAGUUGUACAAGUGAAAGUAUUCAGCACGGUUUGUUUGGCAAGAAUCUAGAUCCUAACAGCUUCUCCUCGCCUAAAAGUGCCGAGGAUGUCUCCGCUGCAACUCUGGCCAGGAGGCGGCGGAAGGAGCUGAUGCGACUCAAGAGUGUUCAUUGUCAUUACGGCCGUGUUCACAAUUCAGCCUCUGGUUAAGACUUACCAGUCGGCAGAGUUGUAUGUUUCGACCACAAGGCCAGCUGCAAAGAGAAAUACUCUAUAGGAGUCGGCAAGGUGCGCGCAUUCUGUCCUGUCCUAUCCUAUCCUAUCGUAUCCUGUCUUAAUAAUCAAUCAUAUCGUAUUGAAAUUAGAAGUGUGGUGUUGAUUAUUUUGAAGUUAGUAAGUCCUAAGUUUUACUUACUCUGGAGCUGUGUGCUGGUUCGUUUGUUCGUAGCUUAACACAACACAUGCUGUCUUUCUAAGUCUUAGGAGGUUAUGUUAGUUAGUUAGUUCUCAGGAUAUACAGACAUACAUACAUAUACAUUAUAUAUAUAUAUGUAUAUGUAGUAUUUCUUGGGUGUGUAUAGUUAAUCAGUAAGCCAUUUUGGUUGAUGAAUAUAACAAAGGCUUUUUGGUUGAUGAAUA